ACAAAUUGAGUCGUCACAUGCGGAAGCACAGCAAUUCUCGCACCUGCAAGUGUGCGAUUUGCUUCCAGGUGUUUAAGUACAGGGAGUCCCUGACUCGCCACAUGAAGACACACAAGGGUCCCGCGCAGCUUCAUGGCUGCUCCCUUUGUAACUUUAAAGCAAACGCAAAGUACUACCUCAAGAUUCACCACAUCCGUAAGCACACUGAGGCUUACAAGUUCAGCUGCGAGCAGUGCGGCAAGUGCGAAAAACGCUCUUACGAAGCAUCUCAGGACACACUCGAGGGAGAAAUUGUACCUCUGUACCAAGUACGGCAAGACCUUCGGUUCACUUAAUUCUCAAAAGAUGCACCUGCUGCUGACGCUCAUGGGGGAACGUCCUUACGUUUGCGACAUUUGUGGACAGAGUUUCACUCAGAGAUCCCCGAUGAUGGUUCACAGGAAAAAGCAUCCUGGCGUUCAUCCUCCGCCACCACCUAUCAAGAUUGCCAACCUGCUUCUCGGCGCUCAAGACAAAGUGCAUCUCAGCAAGAACAAGGCAAAUUGAUUUUGCGUCAGACUAUUGAUCAACAACGUGUUCAGCGGCCAGAAGAUAUUUUUACUUGAGGAAAGGGUGGAAAGGGUGGCCGUGUGGGCUUUGUGACUCCGCCGGGUCGCCGGGUCGCCGGGUUACUUGUCAGUAAGAGUAAUGCAAUUAAGAAUUUACUACGGCGAACAUACUCAAUGACAUUUCAAUGGAGCUUAUCUGUUCUUCCAUCGCACCACCGAAUAGCAACGGGGCGACCUUCCUCGCCCAAUAGGCGCGCGACGUAUGUCUUCCUGUGUCAGCUAAUUUAGGCUAGACGAUUUGUCCCCUUCUUCCUUGCCUUCUUCCCUCUAUAUAGUUAAGUGGAAAACCAUGCCCUUGCAACGAUUAAUCUCCUAAGCCGCCAAUGACCGUCUCCUCCGGACAGAAUGUUUCCUAGAUAAAAAUCGUGAUCCGAGACAGAUUUACGGCGCCGAAGAAUUCUUACUGGAGCAUUGAUAUUCCGAUU